CAAGACAACAGUUGCACGCCUCCUCUAAACUCAAAGUCACAACAAACGCUGUUUCUUAAUGGAAGUUUAAACGCGCAUUUUGUCGCAUCCACUCAGCUUUUUUGUCGCCUUUGCCCCGAAUUAGGAUACUCAUAUAACAAUGAGUCAACGGCAGAUUUUACAAGCGUUUGAGCAGUACCAGAAGGCAAGAACACAAUUUGUGCAAACUGUAGCAGAUCUUGCAUCGAGACCACAAAAUACUGAAACACUUCAAAAUGCUGGUGUAAUGUCCCUUUUGAGGCCUCUCCUUUUGGAUGCAGUCCCAACUAUUCAGCAGACAGCAGCUCUGGCUCUCGGAAGGCUUGCCAACUAUAACGAUGACCUGGCUGAGGCUGUAGUAAAGGGAGACAUUCUUCCUCAGCUUGUGUACUCCCUGGCUGAGCAAAACCGAUUCUAUAAGAAAGCUGCUGCAUUCGUUCUUCGGGCUGUUGCUAAGCACUCCCCUGAGCUGGCCCAGGCCGUGGUGGACUGUGGAGCACUGGACGCUCUUGUCGUCUCCUUGGAGGAGUUUGACCCUGGGGUCAAAGAGGCUGCGGCAUGGGCAAUAAGCUACAUUGCCAGACAUAAUGCACAGCUGUCUCAGGCAGUGGUUGAUGCUGGAGUUGUUCCUCUGCUCGUGUUAUGCAUCCAGGAGCCUGAAAUUGCCCUGAAGAGGGUUGCUGCUUCCGCUUUGAGUGACAUAGCCAAGCACUCCCCAGAGCUGGCUCAAACCAUUGUGGACACAGGGGCGAUCGCCCACCUAGCACAGAUGAUCCUAAACCCAGAUGCCAAAUUAAAGAGACAGGUUUUUUCAGCUCUCAGCCAAAUCGCCAAGCAUUCCGUGGACGUAGCUGAGAUGGUGGUGGAGGCCGAGAUAUUCCCCGCCGCACUGGUUUGCCUAAAGGACCCUGAUGAAUACGUUCGGAAGAACGUCGCCACUCUUAUUCGGGAAAUCACAAAACACACCCCAGAGCUGUCUCAGAUAAUAGUGAACAUGGGGGGUGUAGCGGCUGUGAUUGACUACCUCGGGGACUCCAAAGGGAAUGUUCGCCUGCCUGGGAUCAUGAUGCUGGGCUAUGUGGCUGCACACUCCGAGAACUUAGCCAUGGCUGUGAUUGUAUCUAAAGGAGUGCCACAGUUGGCUAUCUGUCUGGAAGAGGAGCAAGAAGACCAUCUUAAAGCUGCCACAGCUUGGGCUUUUGGCCAGAUUGGCAGACACACACCUGAACAUGCACGAGCUGUUGCUGUGGCCAAUGUGUUCCCUAAACUCCUAAAUCUCUAUUUGGACACUGAAAGUUCUGAAGACCUGCAGGUCAAGGCCAAGAAGGCAUUGAAGAGCGUCCUUCAAAAGUGCACUUAUCUACCAGCACUGGAGCCUCUUCUCUAUGAAGCUCCCAGCAACAUCCUUAAACAUGUCAUCUGCCAGUUCAGUAAGGUUCUUCCUCAUGACAGUAAGGCACGCCGCUUGUUUGUUACCAGUGGUGGUCUAAAGAAAGUGCAGGAGAUCAAAGCAGAACCUGGUUCUGCAAUUCAGGAAUAUAUCAAUGCAGUCAACAGCUGCUACCCCGAGGAGAUUGUCAGGUACUAUUCCCCUGGUUACUCUGAGACCUUGCUGGAAAGGAUUGAAAACUACCAGCCAGUGUAAUCCUGUGCAACACUUUACUGAAGCACUAUGAAUGUUUUACUUUUUAAAAAGUGAACUUGUGAAAAAUAAAAAGUGAAAAGUGGCCA